CUAUCAUUAUCUUGAAUCUCAUGUUUGGAUGAUAUUAUUCUCAAUCGUAUCUCAUUUGCAUACUUUUUUCUUCAUAUCUAUUAUCUAAAUCAGAGAAAACAGGGGAAGUAGUAGCCAAAACAAAAACCAUGGCCAUGUCUUUGUUUCUGAAUCUCAUGUUUCCACCACCACCUUCUAUAUUUGUCAUAGCCAUGUCGGUUAUAAGCUUUGUUGCACUUGCAAAUUAUGGUUUGUCGGAAGUUAGAGGAAAACACUUGAACUAUUCUAAAUUCUGGAAUGUUAAUAAUAGCAACAACAAUAGUAAAAAACAUAUCAAGUUUUCAAGUAAGGUUGGUAUGUUGUUGUUGUAUAGUCCUGCUUUUCUAGCUGCCACGGCGUCGUUUUGGAUCUUUCCUAAUGAAGGUUUUAGAACUACAAUCCUUCGUUGUGCUUUGACUCUUCAUUACUUCAAAAGGGUCUUUGAGUCUCUUUUUGUUCACAAAUAUAGUGCUUCUAUGCUUCUUGAAUCUGCAAUUCCCAUCACUUUAAGUUACUUAAUGUCAACUAUAACCAUGAUCUAUGGUCAACACCUCACAUUGGAUCUUCCAGAACCACCAAUCAAUCUAUUGUAUCCAGGACUUGUGUUGUUUCUAAUAGGCAUCAUUGGCAACUUCUACCAUCAUUACCUCUUAUCCAAAUUGAGAGGAAAAGGGGAAAAGGAAUACAAAAUUCCUAAAGGUGGCUUAUUUGGUAUUGUGAUAUGCCCUCACUAUCUUUUUGAGAUUAUUGAGUUUUAUGGAUUGUCAUUCAUUUCUCAAACAUUGUAUGGAUUCUCUUUCACUAUAGGCACUACUUUCUACUUAUUGGGUAGGAGUUAUGCAACUAGGAAUUGGUAUAUUUCUAAGUUUGAUGAUUUCCCUAAAAAUGUUAAGGCUGUAAUCCCAUUUUUCUUCUAAAUUGUUGUACAUUAAUCCCUAUGUUCUAUGCAUGAAGUAUAUGGGGAUUUGUAUCAAACAUUUAAAUCUUUUAAUAUAUGAGAAAAAUAACUUUUGUUAA